GAAAGCAACUCCCCUGCAAGUGCCGCAACUUUCUCUCGAGAAAAGUGAAAUAUCUGUCGCGAUUAGGUGACUUUUUGAUAUCAGUUGGACGUGGAAGGAUGUGAGGAACCGGAGAAUACCUUUAGCAGUGGUACAUUUCGUCUCCUUUUUUGGUUCAAACGACGUUUUUAGUGUAAAUUGUCUUCCGGGGAGGCAUUGACAGACCGCGGGAAAAUGUCGUUACUACCUGUGAGCAGAAGUCUUGGCGCGACAUUACAGUUGUAAACAACAGGAGGACACACAACCAAAGAGGUGAUGGUCAUAGAGCAGGAGAAGGGUUGUACAACAUAUAUGGCACCAUCAGGGGAAGGACAUGAGAAAUGCAAGCAGGGCGAGAAUGAGAUGGACAUGACACGAGGAACUCCUUCACAAACAGACCCACACCAGUGCUGGAAAAUGGAGGACAUUGACACCAGUGAUGUUUGUGAUACUUUUAGACCUGGUGUCAGUGAAGAGUCUGUGGACAUCUAUGAUGGCCUGGAUCUCAGCACAGGCAUCAAUGGAGAGGGGUCAGCUCCAAAUGUGGCCCGUAUAGAGUCGAUGGAUUUGUACGAAGAAAUUGUGACAGAGGAGCAGCAGGCCAGAGAGGCUACGUACACUGAGCUGAUGACCAGAUUCCAGGCAGCUCAGAAUCAAAUUAAAGAGCUGCGCAGGAGAUUGGAGCAAGUGGAACUGCAGAACACGGGGCUGAACACAGAGAACUAUCGUCUCAAAAAGAACAUCUCUGCACUUUUACAAACAGCAAGACAGGAAGUGACAAGGAAAGAUGCUGAAAUCCAGAGAUUAAAUCAGUUGUCAGGAAGGGGUUACAACCACCGCCAUCAUCAUCAUCAGUCUCACAGUAAUAAUCUACAGGACCACACUUCAUCUAGUCGGACCUCCAUGGGCAGCUCCAGUAGGCCUCCUCUUCCUCCCCCUCCUCCUCCUAUGAAGCAAUCCUCAAAGCAUCCCACUCAGCCUCCCUGUCCUCCACCGCCACCUCCUCCGCCUCGACCACCUUCACCUUCCUGUCUUCCUCCACCUCUCCCACCUCUCCCACCUUCACCUCCACAGGAGAUCAAAUCUACAUCCAGGAGGGAACCUCCUCCACCUUCAUUAAAGGAAAGCUCUACCUCUCAGUCCAGCGGCUCUAGCCUCGAGACACGAGCUUUAAAAGCCUCCUCUCAUGUUCACUCAAAAAGUUCUUCAAGAGGAGAUUCUGAUGCACCAGAAAAAUCCAGCAACUGUCCUUCAACUCGACAUGGAGAGUCAGACAAACACAAGUCCAAGCACAGAGAAGAAAAACCUGAAUCUACAAGUAGAAGACAUAGAAGUGCUACUGAUUCAAACAAAGACUGUCAUGUUCCUGAAAAAAGCAGGUCUCACAAAGACACAGAGCGAAGAUAUGAAUCCAGAUCUGGUAAAGGCAGAAACUUUGUGAAUACUGAGGGGCACCACAGGUCAGAGAGGGCCAAAAGCCCUCCACCAGACAUUUCACACAGCGAGAAGUUAAGAACACAAGAACAGAGACGGCACAAAGCUAAAACAUCUACGUCAGACUCUGAACAUAGCAUCAAAGAAAGCUGUGGCAGAGAUCAUAGAAAAAACAAGGGCCAUGACAAAUAUAUCAAACGAUCAGACUCAAAGGAAUGGAAAAAGUCCUCUUCAAAUCAACCCGCUGAACACAGCAGAGAUUCUUCAAAAGAAAGGGAAGGCCAUAGACUGUCAAAGAGUGAUAAAAGGUGGGAGAAAAAACACAGGGAAGAAGAAUCAAACAGUCGGCAUAAGAGGAAAUAUUCGUCAGAAAAAAGCAGGGAAUCUGAGAAAUCAAAAGAACCAGAUCAACAUAAAGCUGCUAGUAAGGAACGGCAAGAGAAGACACAAGAGGCUUUUAAGACAGCAUCUGAUCAGCCUUCAAUGAGUGGGAAGAUCUCAGUGGAUGAAAACAGUCCAAACAGGAAAUUGUGCUUCAUGGAAACAUUGAAUUUAACCCUUUCACCCAUCAAGAAGCCAGUAUUACCUUUAGAAGACCCUACACCAAUAGACCAAGUGGCUGUGAGCACAUCAGAAGAUGAACAGCCUAAUGUUGAAGAAAUGUGUGUGAUCGAUGAAGUCAACAGCAGUGAGUUAGAAGCAGAGCAGUCUGCAGAAAAUCCUAAAACAUCACGUAGCACUGAAGAGACAAACAAGAGACAUAGUGUAGGAGGAGAGGCCCAAGAAACCGACAAAAACAGAAGUGAAACUGACAAGCAACUUGAAAAUAAUUCAGUCCAAACUACCUCAGUUCAACAAAAACCAUCUGAUACUGCAGAGACUAAGAAGACCGUGCAUUCGACAGAAGACAGCAGUUCUGUUAAAGUGGCUGACACUUCAAAAAAGGAAAAAACUAACACUUUAUCAGACAGCACAAGAGACGAUUGUCAAGGUUUGGAGGCCAAAAAUUGCCUCAGUGACAUGUCUGGAAAGAACUCUUUCCAAAAAGUCAAGCAAAGACAUAGUAAAGAUAAAUCUGGAGCUGUAACAGAUCCCACUGUGCUUAAUCCAAGAGUAGAAUUGAACUCUAGGACUUCUAAAAAUGCAGCAAAGAAAAGCCCCUCAGAUGAGUCAGUAAAAGAAUCUGCUGCACCCUCAAGAAAAGGUCCUGUAGCUGAAGAUGUUCCUGACAAAACUCAUGCUAAAAGUCAGACAACUUCACCCACUAUCCUACCUCAAGAUCAUCAGCACAAACCUCUUCCCCCUAUGUCCAGUCCCAUACACAGUAAAGAAGCCUGUAAUGUGCAAGAAAGUCCUAAAGAUGCCAAUGCUGUAUCCAGUUCAAUAAACCUGGAAUCUCUUCCAAAAGAAGGGCUGAGUCUCCCUGAGGCUAUUGAAAUGUUAACACAAGCAACUGAAGAUAGCAACGAUAAAUGUAAAAACACAGCUGAGCCCAGUUCAUCUACUGGUUGUAUUGCAGUGUCUAAAGUCAGCAGUACAACAGAGGAGACAGCCCAGCUGGAAAAGUACAAGAAUCUCUCUGUGACGCCUAUAAAGCACUUCAAUCCUGGAAGGAGUCAUGAGAAUAACAUAGAGCCUUCCAGCUCUGUGCCUUUUCUUCACGAUGAGGACUCAAUGAUGCGCACAUUCAGCAACUUGAAGAGGAUCCCUGAUGCCAUCAGCCCUCUGAGGAGCCCGAUACGGGUCAGCAAGAGAAGUCAGGUCCAUGUGCAUGGCAAGCCGGGUCAUGUCAAGAGCCUUCAGAAAGAGUUCUCCAGCCCGCCUGCUGACACAAACUCAAAGAAGUUGGACGUAAACAAAGAAAACAAAUAUCCUGGUCCUCCUACAAACCAUGACAUGUCAAAUUCAUUGGACAAAGGGUCUGACGUGCCUUCAAGUCUCUCCGACACGGACUUAGAGGAAGGAGAAAUCAUAAGUGAGAGUGAUGAGACUGCAGCAGAUUCUCCUGCUCCUGCAAAUAAGAGGGCAAAGUUGGUUCGACCAGUCAGAAAUAAACAAAGUCCCAAGUCUGUCUUACCCAGGACAUCGGAGGAGAGGCGUGUUGCAUCACAAGAAAUCACUGAAAAAGCUGGCUCAUCUAUAAGGAGUCCAAAAAGUCGAUUUAAAACAGUUUGUCCCGCAGCAACAAAAGCAUCUUUCACCUCCAUAGAUGAAGUCAUGGGAACUUUUAAGCUAGUCCGCGCUGAGAUCCGGAAAAAGUACAUGAAGCUUCAUAAAACCUUUCCCAAGAAGAGCUUCCAUGGCAUGAUGCAUAAUUUCCAGGAGUCCUUUUUAAGUUUUGUUGAUGGUGCCAAUUUUGUCUUAGUUUGCAACCAGGAAAAAGAGCUUAAGUCACAACUGAGGAAGCUGAUCACAUCUGUGUUUAGCAAAGUAUCGAAUAAUGGUAUUGUGAAACGCAUCUUUGAGCAGCAAGCAGUCGAUCUCAAGCAGAAGUUAUGGGACUUUGUGGACGGCCAAGUGGACUACUUAUUCAAGGACAUAUAUGUGACGCUAAAGAGUCUAUGCAAAACAGCAAGAGCUCAGAUCGAGGACAAAAAGCCCAGUGGAAAUGAGAAAGUAUUGACGCAGGCUCCAGUGAAGAAGCCCCAAAUUCAAGAAAAAGACACACAACCUGCUUCGGCCAGCCUGAAUCAUAACAAGCCUCGUACUGUUGCGCCCUACAAAACAGGCCUUGGAAGCAGAGGUAAAGAUAUCAGAAUCAUACAAGGUGAAAAAGACGACAAUGCUGACCCACAGCCAACAAGUACGGAACCUGUGGUCAACUUCAUCCCUCCCAAAAAUGUUCCUUCAACUCCAGACAAACAUAACAUAUCCUCUUUGCUUGUCUCUCAGAAUGGUUCUUUACUCGAUAAAACAGACUUUGAGUUACUCACAGAGCAGCAAGCGUCCAGUUUAACAUUUAACUUGGUGAGAGACUCUCAAAUGGGGGAAAUUUUCAAAUGUCUCCUGCAAGGGUCUGACUUACUAGAAUCCAGUGGCAUCACCGGAGAAAACACCACCUGGUCCCUCAGUACCCCAAGGAAAGACGGCGAUAGACUCCUCAGCAUCACAACCCCAACCAAGUUUGACUCUCCAUCUAGACUGCUUUCUCCACUGAAGUUCGAUACGCCCUCCAAGCUUGUCACUACAUGGUCCAGCAUUUCACCUCGCAAGAUGUCGUCUCCCCGAUCCAGAGAUCAGCAGCAGCUGAAUCCAGCUUUGUUCGACGAGAGUUGCUUGUUAGAAGUUCCAUCAGAGAAUAAAGCAGCGGAAAAGUCCGGUUCUGCUUCACAGAGGUCUUAUUCAAUUCUGGCUGAAGAUCUCGCCGUCUCACUCACCAUCCCAUCACCUCUCAAGUCCGACAGCCAUCUCAGCUUCCUGCAGCAGCCAAGAGUACACGUCAUGUCCACUCCUGACAGCGUCAUCAGCGCCCACAUAAGUGAAGACGCUUUGAUGGACGAAGAAGAUGCUAGCGAACAGGAGAUACACCUGGCCUUAGACACCGACAUCUCCAGCUGUAGCUCCAGCAGCAGCGUGCCAUCUGAACCACUUGCCAUGCCAUUCGUGUUCAAGCCCGACCUGCCCAUGCAGGCACUGGUAAUGGAGAGGUCCAAUGAUCAUUUUAUUUUGAAGAUCCGUCAGGCGGCAGCAGGAGCAGAUGUCACGCUCACUGCUGAUGAUAGCUUAAGUCAGACUCUAACAGAGGAUGAUCGACAACAUGGGGAUGACACGGCAGCUUGUGCUGAAGAUGUUUUGUCAGACAAAUCCAAGACAGACACUCCAUCAAAUGCUGAACCAUCACAAACCAACCCUCCUGAGAACUCUGAGGUCUCUCAGGUCACCACAAGGGAAGAUAUCCAGCUAAGUCCAGAAGAGAGUGCAGCGCCGACAAAGGAUCCAUCUCCUAGAAAGAACGAUUCUUCACCGAAACAAAACACAUUAAAGGAUGGUGUAACUGAGGACUCGCAGAAACAUACAGAGUCUCUAAAAGUUCUGCCUCCUCCAGAUAACAGUUUGCAAAAUGUUGAUGAAACUUCCAAUCGAGUGUCUGGUCAGACCAGCAUAGAGGGCAUCACAAACACUGCUGAGGAAAGUAAAACACAAACAAGACACGAUGGAGAACAGGGCAUUACAACUCCGCAAAGUCCACCUCAAGCUUCCCUGUCAGAAAACAGUACACAUCAUCUGACUGAAAGCUCAGAAACAAAUCAAAGCAGCCAGUCGCUGGCGUCCUAUGAAACCAACUCAGAAAGAGAGGAAACAGAGGCGUCAGAGUCAGAGAGGAGUCUCACUAUUGCAGAGGACAUGAGCAGCUCACCAGAGAAAGAAAGACGGGAUCAUGGAAAAAACAGGAAGCGGAAGAAGCACCAGGAGAAAUCCAAAGCCAAGAAGUCAAGAAAGGAGGAGGACAGUGCUGAAGAAAGAGCGUCGAACCACAUGAAAGACAGGAGUGGGUCUCAGUCCUCUCCGACAUCUCUGUCCCCAAACAGUCUGUCUGCAAAGAACGUCAUCAGGAAGAAGGGCGAGGUGGUGAUGUCCUGGACCAGAGAUGAGGAUCGAGCCAUUCUGGUUGAACUGAAGACAAAAGGACCUUCACGUGAGACUUUCUCUGUUCUGUCAGAGAGACUUCAUAAACCAGCCAGCCAGAUUGCUCACAGAUUCAACCAACUCAUGAAGCUUUUUAAGAAGCAGGAGAAGUUGGACACUUGAUGAGUCAGACUGUGCAGUGCUUUGUGCCAUUUGGUAGUUCUUAAAAUGGGACAUUUCCACACACCUACUGCUGCUCUGGAAGAUGUGAAAGCAGGGUCGGAGGAUCGACAUAAACUCUUCUCGCUUUGAUCGUGAGGCCUGCGUACUCUCAUCUUCAUGCAGGCUAAUGGGAAAAGGACAGUGCUUUUAUACAAGCUGUUUUUGAAAGAAUGUCAUUGAACCAGUCACUGUCUAGAUACUGAACUGUACUGUUUUAUAGUAUAAGAAGAAAGUAAACUACUACUUCAACACAAACUCCUCAGUAUAACUGCACAGUAAAUAUGAAUGUCUUAUUUUUAAGGAUGGAGAUCCUAUUUUUUUUUCUUUUUUAUCCCCUUAUAACAAUCCAAGGCCUUAUCAACACUGCUAAUAGUUAUUUCUUAAUGGAAGUUUAGUUGGCCGUGGAUAUAACCACUCUGUUCUUACAGAUCUGGUAUGUGUUUUUUAUAAUGCUAAGAAAACAAAUUUCUCUUCCAAACUGUGUUUUUGUUCAAAUUUCUCACGAAAACCUGUCAACAUGGAUUACAACAUUGGACUAGUGGUUUUUUAACUCAAGCAUGGCACAAACUAAAAGAUUUUUUUAAAUCUUAACCAAUUUUUAAAAAUUUGAGAGGCCCAACAUAUGUAGACAAAUCAUGACAGAUUUAACAGACUUGUUCUUACAGUGUGUGGUGUGCAACGGGAUGGCUGACACAGCACACCACACACCAGCAGAUUCAUUCGCCAACAACUUAAGUCCAUAGUUUCAAAGCUCUCAUGCAAUCAAAUGUGACUAGCAUUAAGCUACCAGCCACUUCCAUUGUGGUAGCAAUUUGAGUCCAUACCUCUCCUUGUCAAUUUUACUGUACACGUGUAAACACUUGUGUUUUUGUAGCAAAUCAGCAAGCUGCUCCUCCAUUUCUGUUUGACUUUAGGCUUCACGUUUACUUUUGUUACCAUGGCUGUGUUUGUUGUGCUUCCUCCCCUGGACAUCUAACAUCCUGAUGCACUGUUGCUCCAUACCAUGCAACAGUCCUGCUCAUGCAUACUCAACUGUCCUCAGUAUUUUUUCACAACAGGAUCUCUGAUCCCAAAUAUUGAAUAGGUUUAUUAUCUGAAGCUGGAGUGGCUCCAAUCACUUCUGAGCAAAGGGAAAAGAUCACUUUUAACACACUUCACACCACAGUAAAAUCAGUCAAAAUAAUCUCUAGAACCAUUUGAUAACGUGGCCUUUGCUGACUUUGGUUGGAAAGGAGGUAAUCAGGCAAAAAUUGGCAAAAUUAUCUUGUAGUGAGUGCCAGGCUAAACACGAGCAAGGGGAUCUUUGCAAGGCUGCUUUGAGUGAAGGAGGAUGACUGACCCAUGAGAGCAGCAGACAGCUUUACAGAGUUUUAAACACCCUAGUUUAUGAUGCAUUUUAGUUUAAUUCGAUGCCCAACACACGUGUUUAAUACUUAUUGGCUAAGAAUAGUCAUAAUUCAGUCUCCUUAGUGUGCUCUGCAGAAUCUCCAUUUGAAGGACCAUCUAGCCCUAGCAUUUCACCCCAUCCCUCCAUACCUAUAGAUGUGAAUAGUGGUAGAGUUAAGUAGGAGGGGCAAGGGAUGAAUAGGUAUUGAGCCUUGAUUUAGAUGACUCGACUUGAAUUCUCACCAACGGACCUACAAGACUUGACAGAGGUAUCGAUAAGCUCAAACAUUAUUAUUUGUGAGUUUUGAAAAAUGCUGAACUUGGCCCUAAUGGAACCCUGUUUCGAUCUCCAUCCCUGGUUUUGUUGCUAAUACACUUUCUGGUUUUAGAAUCCACAACCCACACUACUUCAGUAUGUUAUCAACUGAUCUCUGGUCUUCACUAAAGCAUCGUCCUCAUGCAGCAUUUUUCUCUUCUCUGCAGAUAUGAAACAUCGCAAAAAUAAUUCAAGUUCAUACUGGUCCUAUACUCAUGUAUUUUCUCAUACGAGGUGGCGUAAACUGCCUUCAGACUGUGAUAAAUCCAGGUUACGGAGCAUAUUUGUCUAAAAUGUUAGUCUCUAAAAUUGUUGGAGGCUCAAAGAGAACAAUUUUAAGCAUUAGCUCUCAAGUUAAGCCAUAUGUCUGAAAGGUUGGGCUAUUUUAGUAAAAUUUUGUAUGUGAUAUUUGGGAUAUUAUUUUAAUGGAUGUACUUGUGUUUAGGGGAAGUGCUUAAUACGUUUGAAGGUUGUUAUAAUAAUUACAUGUCUGAUUCAUGUACAGGAUAUCUGUUAAUGCAACAAAGCAUUUUAUCUGUUGCCUAAAACUGGCUUUUUUGUUCAACUUAACCUAAAGCUUAAAAACAG